AUCUCAUCGCCAACGGGCCGGGGAAGCGGCCACCCGAAGCAUGGCGGGAGAGAUCCGAGGACUGCCAGAGAAGCGGAGAGAAGGGGGCGUGGAAGGGAAAACGAGUUAUCUCUCUCGGAGUGGCGCCUUGUCCAGUUUCCUGACCACCAUUGUGACCUUCCCCAUUUACAAGUUGGUGUUCCGGCAGCAGGUCCACGCCGUGCCCGUGCCCGAGGCCCUGGACCAGCUCCGCCGCGAGGGCCUGCGCCGCUUCUACCGGGGCGUCUUCCCGCCCCUGCUGACCAAGACCAUGCAGGGUGCCCUGCAGUUUGGGGCCUACAACAGGUGCCUCCAUCUCCUCUCGCCGGCCACCGAGCCACCGCUGCUCGAGCACCGCUGGGCGGCCGGCUUCGUGUCCGGGGUCCUGGAAGCUGUCGUGCUCAGUCCCUUCGAGCGGGUACAGAACGUGCUCCAGGACGGGCGGAAGGACGUCCGCUUCCCCGGCACCCUCAGCAUCCUCAGGGAAUUCAACUCCUACGGCCCCUGGGGCCGGCUGGCCCUCGGCUACUACCGGGGUUUCUGCCCCAUCCUGCUGCGGAACAGCCUGGGCAGUGCUCUCUAUUUCUCCUUCAAGGACCCCAUCCGGGACCGCCUGGCAGGACAAGGAGGGCUGCCCCUCUGGGUGCCCUCCUUGGUGUCCGGCACCCUCAACGGCACCGUCAUCAGCCUCAUGCUCUAUCCGCUCAGCGUCCUCGGGGCCAACAUGCAGUCCCAGGUGGGCUCGCGGAACGUCCCCGGCCUGUGGGCCUCGGCCCGGGCCGUGUGGGAGACCAGGGAUCGGAAGCUGCCGGCCAUCUACCGGGGCGGCUCGCUGGUCAUCCUUCGCUCCGGCGUAUCCUGGGGCCUCACCACCGCCAUCCACGACUUCCUGCAGGCUAACCCCAGCCCGGGGCCCAGAAAGAGCCGCUGACCACCCGUGGAGCGGGCGGAGGGGACACCCCGGCAAGGAGGCCUGGGGGGCUGUGUUUGGGACCUGUGCCUGGUGGGUGGGCGCUC